AUGUAUGCGAAUCAAGACGAACUGGUCGCGACGCUCGCGCACUACUUGCUGAAACCCGAAAUCACGUCUCACGUAGUAGACGAUGUCUUCCUUAGCACGAUCACCGAAAAGAAGACCAUAGAAGACAUAGAGAGGCACAAAUGCCUCGUGAACAAGUACCGCCACCGCCCUCGCAGUUUAACGUUACAAUACGCAACUAUGCCUGAAGCUCAAUGGGAAAACUUCUCUGACAUCAGCAGUGCGUCACGAAUGACGCUGACGCCGAAGAUGGAGAGGAUGCCACUGUUAUUACCACCCCAGAAUUCAUCACAUGGUCGCUACAAUAACAGAGCGUCUCCAUACAUUCAUACAAUCCUACUACAUUUCUAA